AUGAAUCCAAGUUCAUCCUUUUUAGCACAGGUUAAAGAUAACAAUUAUUUUAUGACGCAAAAUGUUAUGUUAAGCGAAAAAAAAAGCAAAUGGAUGCUUGCAAUUUUACUAAUAUUGCUAGCCCUAUCAACAAUACUUCUAUACAAAUAUUCAACAAGAAAAUUCAACUAUUGGAAAAUCCGAAAAGUAAACUACGUAAAACCAAUACCAAUCCUAGGCAGUUUACUACCUCUAUUUCGCCUCAAACAAACCUUUGGAGAAUGGCUGAGCGAUCUCAGCCGUCAGCAAAAAGACGACUAUUUUGGAAUUUUUGUCUUAGACCAGCCAGUUCUUGUAGUCCAAUCCCCGAAAUUAAUCAAAAACAUUCUACAAAAGGACUUUGUCCACUUCCAAAACCGAUCGGCUACAGGGUCAAAACACGACCCCAUCAUGUCAAAUUUGAUGUUUUUUAGUGACAAUCCCGAAUGGAAGAAUUCGAGAAGUAAAGUGACUCCAGUGUUUACUACUGGGAAAUUGAAGCUGAUGUUUGAAGUGAUUAAGAAGGAAAGCGAGAGGAUGGUUGAUUAUAUUGCUGAAAGGGUUAAUGUGGCUAAUGUUGAAUCUAAGGAAAUAUGUGCUAAGUAUUCUACAAAUGUUAUUGCUAGGUGUGCCUUUUCAGUAGAUGCGCAAUCGUUUCAAAGUGAUGAUGCUGAAUUCAGAAACCUUGGAAGACGUGUAUUUGACUUCAGAUACUCAACAGCAUUCAGAAACCUCAGCGCUUGGUUUACACCAAAUCUAGUACACACCUUCAACAUCAGUUUUGUAGAGCCUAACACUUCUAACCGACUACAAGCGAUUUUUAACGAAGUUUUAGACCAAAGAAAGUCAAGUUGUUUAAAUAAAGGAAGCGAUUUAAUCGAUAUAAUGCUUGAAGCCCAAAAUAAAUCAAAUUUCGAAGAAAAAUAUCUAGUAGCCCACGCCUUCCAAUUCUAUUUGGCUGGAUUUGAAACAAUCAGCUCUACACUUAGUUUCACUUUGUACGAACUGUGCAUUCGCCCUGAUAUACAAACAAGGCUUAGAACUGAAAUUUUGGAAAGCAUUGAAAAAACCAAAACUAUAACCUACGACGAAGUUGCCGAAAUGAAAUAUUUAGACAUGUGCGUUUGUGAAAGUCUCAGAAAAUACCCUGUAUUGCCUUUUCUGGACAGAACUUGUUCGUCAAACUACAAACUGGACGAUGAUUUAAUAAUAGAAAAAGGUGUUCCAGUUUACAUUCCCUUAUUUGGGUUGCACUAUAAUCCAGAAUUGUAUCCAGACCCACAAAAAUACGAUCCAGAACGUUUUGAGGAUAAAACCAAGAUUAAUGUAGACUGUUUAUCGUAUAUACCAUUUGGAGAAGGCCCUCGUAUAUGCAUUGGCAACCGAUUUGGAUUAAUGGGCGUUAAACUAGGUUUAGUAGCAAUCCUGUCCAAAUUCAAACUAGAAAUGUCCGACCAAACCCCAAUACCAUUACAAUUCGAAAGCAAAAGUAUUCUAUUGCAAUCAAAAGUUGGAAUACCUUUAAAAUUUGUACCACUUGUUCAAUAAAAAUAAUGCAACUGUCAAAUGCGCAAACCUU